AUGAAUGCAGAACAACUUGAAGAUAUCUUCAUUGAGAAAAUCUCUAACAUAGAAAUAUUAGACGAAAACGAAGCAGACACUUUGUCAUGGUUCCUUGACGAUUAUAAGAGAGUUGCGGGCAAUUUUAUAGCUCAGAUAUUUUAUAGAAUAGUUAGCCCGCAGCAAGCCAAGAAUAAUUAUCAUGAAAUUCCAAUUAUCAACUUAUUUUUAAUACUUGACGUCAUGAUAUCAAAAUGUGAUCCAAUUUAUCUUAAAAAAGUUUCAAUAGUUAUUAAAGAAUGUGUCCAAUCGGCUAUCCCAAGGAUGGAUCCACAGACAUUCAAUAAAUUACGCGAAUAUAUUGAUGUUUGGGCAAAUAAUAAUACUUUUACCCCAGAAAUUACAGAAGAACUUCAAAAUCUUUUCAAAACUCAAAAUAGAAAGUCGCAUCAGGUAAUUAUGGCUACACCUCUUCAGCUAAACUUUCCAGAAAAGAAAGCUGAAGAAACUCCAGUAUCUGAACCAAAAUAUGCACGUGGAUGGAUGAAAACUUUAGAUCAAUGGCUAGUUUCUCCUCAAGAUUUGUCAUUAAUUCCAUUGAAUCAAGAAUAA